AAUUAAUUUCCCUUUUUAAAAAGUCUCAGCUUUGUGGUGUUUGGAGAGUGAGAAAGAGAAUGAAAACGGAGAUAAGUGUUGUUCUGCCAGAAGAUUGCAUAUCCAAAAUCAUCUCCCUUACUUGUGCUCCAGAUGCAUGCAACUCCUCAGUGGUUUCCCGUGCGUUCAAAUCAGCUGCAGAUUCAGAUGCCGUGUGGGAGAAUUUCUUGCCGUCUGAUUACCGAGAGAUCAUUUCUGGUUCGGCCUCGCCGUCGUUGCUGACAAGUAACUUGUCCAAGAAGGAUCUUUAUCGUCGUCUCUGGCAUAACCCCAUCAUCAUCAACAAUGGUACUAUGAGCUUUGCAAUAGAAAAGAAGAGCGGAAAAAAAUGUUUCAUGGUUGGGGCAAGAGGGCUGAACAUUGCAUGGGGAAAUGAUACUCUUUACUGGAGUUGGCGGUCUGUACCAGAGUCUAGGUUUAGUGAAGUGGCUUACCUCAAAUGUGUGUGGUGGUUUGAUGUGAAGGGAAAGAUAGACACCAAAAUUUUGUCCCCCAAAACCACCUAUGUUGUUUAUCUUGUGUUUAAGCUACGUGAAUAUGCACACAGUUUUGGAACAAGACCUGUGGAAUCAGGUGUUUAUAUAGAAGGAAUGGAUAAUGGGGAGAGGAGGAAUGUGCUUUUAGAUCCUCUACUAUCAAUAAGAAGAGGAGAUGAUUGGAUGGAAAUUGAGAUGGGUGAGUUCUUCAAUGAAAAUGGUGAUGAUGGAACUUUGAUUUGUAGUCUCUUUGAUUUUGAUAGACUAAGGGUGAAGCGAGGCCUUCAUAUUGAAGGAAUUGAGCUCAGGCCUAAAAAUGGUAGAUAAUAUAAUUAUGUACCAUGUAGACAUAUGUAUCUUGAGAAUUCAUGUCUUACCAUAGGCAAGAAUGGCUACUUCUACAUACCAAAGUUGAUGUUGUUAUGCUUUAUAUGUAUAUAUGAAACUGAUGUAUUUCGUGUGUUUGGCAACAUAGCAUAUAAAUAAAUUGGUCAUUUGUUGUCUA